AUGGAAGCUACCACGGACGCUAACGUGGAAGCUAACAUGGAGGCUAAUGUGGAAGCUAACGUGGAAGCUAACAUUGAAGCUAACAUGGAAGCUAACAUGGAAGCUACCACGGACGCUAACGUGGAAGCUAACAUGGAAGCUAACAUGGAAGCUACCACGGAAGCUAACAUUGAAGCUAACAUGGAAGCUACCACGGAAGCUAACGUGGAAGCUAACAUGGAGGCUAACGUGGAAGCUAACGUGGAAGCUAACAUGGAAGCUAACAUGGAGGCUAACGUGGAAGCUAACAUGGAAGGUAACAUGGAGGCUAACAUGGAAGCUAACGUGGAAGCUAACAUGGAGGCUAACGUGGAGGCUAACAUGGUAGCUAACAUGGAGGCUAACGUGGAAGCUAACAUGGAAGCUACCACGGACGCUAACGUGGAAGCUAACUAA